AUGUAUGAAAUUCAUCUAGAGGGCUUGUUAAAACAGGCUGCUGGCCAUCACCCUCAUAGUUUAUCGGCAGUAAAUCUGAAGAAGUAUCAAGAAUUUACUUUUCUAUCAAGUUCCUUUUUGAUGCUGCUGCUACCCCUGGGACCAUUCAUUGUAUUUGAUUUUCACUUCAUCUUUUCCAUCAGAUUCACCAACAACCAAACAGAAGUUUCAGAAUUCCUACUCCUGGGAUUGACAGAUGAUCCAGAACUAUAGCCCCACCUCUUCUGCCUGUUCCUGACCAUGUACCUAGCCACCAUUCUGGGAAACCUUCUCGUUGUCCUGGCUGUUAGCUCUGACUCCCACCUGCACACCCCCACAUAUUUCUUUCUCUGCAAUCCAUCCUUUACUGGCAUCUGUAUAAGCACUGUGCUGCUCACAAUCACCUUCCCAGAGGUGCUGGUAAACAUACAAGCACAAAAUCAGAGCAUCACUUUUAUAGGUUGCUUCAUCCAGAUUGGCUUUGUUGUGGUUUUGGGUGGAUUUGAGAAUUUUCUCCUUACAGUAAUGGCCUAUGACCACUAUGUGGCCAUUUGUCACCCCUUGAGGUAUACGGUUAUCAUGAAUCCUCAUCUCUGUGUUCUGCUGACUGUACUUUCUAUGUUCCCUAGUGCUGUGUUUUCCAUAAUUCACGGUCUGAUGGUGCUGCAUCUGUCCUUCUGUGAGACUGUGGUCAUAUUUUGA